CAAAGAGGACGGUCAUCUAUCCCCCUAAAACGCUCUCCCCGCUUUUUUUACAUGCCUGUCCGCUUGUGCCCUCUUCUGAGCAACAAUAAGACGCAUUAGAGGCUGCGGGAUGUACACGGCCGGGCUCAACCCGUUUUACGCAUCGAAUUUUAGCCUCUGGUCCGCGUACUGCGCUGGGGGCUUCGCUGUGGAUACGAUGAAGAAACCCUCGUUUUGCAUCGCAGACAUUUUGCAGGCCGGGGACGCGGAGAACAUCCCGGGGUCGUCGGCCCUCAUGGUGCAUAUGGGACACCACCACCGUGCGCAGCAGGCGCACUCUGGCGGCUCGCCGCUGCGCCCCGCUCCUGUCGCGCCGGAGCCGUCGGUGUACGGCGCGCGGAUGAGUCCGGCGUCCCCUUACCACAGACACGGACUACAGCUCACAUCAGUCCCCAGAACUGCUUUGAACUCCCAACAGGCUCCCCCGCCUUCAAGCAAAGACCUCAAAUUCGGAAUUGAUCGGAUAUUGUCGACGGACUUUGAUCCAAAAGGCAGAGAAAAGUCGUCGUUAAGAGAUCUCACGUCCAUCGUUAGCUCGAACCGUCAGUCAGGGAUCCACAUCCCCGUUCAGCCUCCGGCCAGCCAGUACUUCUCCUCCAUAGACCCCGGGAUGAGCGACGCGUCCUCCAUGAUGAGUUCACUAGGCAGCAGCAGCAGCAGCAGCAGGCAAUCAGGCCAGCAUCAGUUUCAGGACACCUUCCCAGGUCCGUACGCCGUCCUCACCAAAGACACGAUGCCGCAGACGUACAAGAGGAAAAGGUCGUGGUCGAGGGCGGUGUUUUCAAACCUGCAGCGGAAGGGCCUCGAGAAGAGGUUCGAGAUCCAGAAGUACGUGACGAAGCCGGACCGGAAGCAGCUGGCUGCGAUGCUCGGCCUGACAGACGCGCAGGUGAAAGUGUGGUUCCAGAACAGACGCAUGAAGUGGAGGCACUCCAAGGAGGCGCAGGCUCAGAAGGACAAGGAGAAAGAGCAGCCGGACAAGAGUGCGUCCGAGUCCGGCGGCGGGGAGCCCAAAGAGCCGGCGGAGUCCGAGUGCGAGAGCGAGGGCGGCAGCGAGUGUGAGUCCGACGAGGCUCAGGAGGAAACCUCCGACGGACAACUGGACGUUUCUGAGCUCAACAAGACCAGCGUGAUCAUGAGCGGGAGCGCGCCGGCGAGCAGCGCGCAGGCUGCGUCCACGGCGCCGGACACGCCGGCCUCACAGAUACUAAUAUGAAGAUUUUAUGAACUGUAAUUAUUUUUGACAGAAGAGCGACAGCGAUAUUAAAACGCAUCCGGAUUCGCGGCGUUUAUGCAGUAACACAUGAGGUUUGGCGAGGGCUGCAGCAAGUAGUCAGGCCCCGACGUCUAAUUCCUGGGAACAAGUGGAGCAGCAACACAGUAUUAUUUAACGUGACAUGGUGUUUUAGCCCGGACACAAGCAGCAUAGGUCCCAAUUAAUAGUCAGUUUUGUUAAUUUUAUUCCCUCAGUUUUCCAGGUUCUUUAUAAAGAUAAAAAGCCAAAGCUGUUUAAAUUGAAUCUGUGACUUCCAGCCGCCUCCAGCGCCUCAUUUCUGUCGGUUUCCUCUCAAGAGCUUUCGUGUGCAUCAUGUUUUCCUCAUCUGGAGGAAAUCUGCGGUUGUGAAUUUUAAUUCUAGGUUAUGAACCACUCGUUUCACGUGUUCAUGUAGCCAUUGUUUUUGUGCUAUUUUGUUAAUAAUAAUUUGCACUGAAAAUACUGUAAAUAAAAUGUUUCUUACUU